CAGAGUGGUGCGCGAUCCACAGACGCUAAAAUCGAAAGGAUACGGUUUUGUUUCGUUUGUGAAGAAAUCGGAAGCGGAAAAUGCCAUUACCGCCAUGAAUGGCCAGUGGUUGGGCUCACGUUCGAUACGCACGAAUUGGGCAACAAGAAAACCGCCGGCGACAAAAUUGGAUGUUAAUGCAAAACCUUUAACCUUCGAUGAAGUGUACAACCAAAGCAGCCCCACUAAUUGCACUGUCUAUUGUGGCGGCAUCAAUGGCGCAUUGUCCGGCUUUCUAAACGAGGAGAUAUUGCAGAAAACUUUCUCUCCCUAUGGCACAAUUCAGGAGAUAAGGGUAUUCAAGGACAAAGGAUAUGCUUUUGUGCGUUUUUCAACCAAAGAGGCCGCCACCCACGCCAUUGUUGGCGUACAUAAUACCGAGAUCAAUCAACAGCCAGUGAAGUGUGCGUGGGGCAAGGAGAGCGGUGACCCCAAUCACAUGUCGACCAUCGCCGGGCAAGCACUAAGCCCCGGCUUCCCAUUUGGCACAGCAGCAGCGGCGGCCGCUGCAGCCGCAUAUGGGCAACAAGUGGCCGGCUAUUGGUAUCCACCAGCACCCACAUAUCCCACAGCUGCGCCCACACCCGCCAACGCACUGCAACCGGGACAAUUUUUGCAAGGCAUGCAAGGAUUUACGACAUACGGGCAAUUUGCUGGCUACCAGCAAGGAUAUAUGGGCAUGGGCGUCCAAAUUCCGGGCACCUGGCAAAGUGUGCCACCUCAAGCGCCUUUGGCUGGCGCUACCGCUCCACAAAUCGCACAGAGCGUCAGUAGCGGCUUGCCACAGGCCGCCGGCGUUGUUGCCUACCCCAUGCAACAGUUUCAGGUUAGUCCACAGCUUGCUGAGGAUGAAUGGCUUGCACCGAGCCUGCUAGUGUAGCUGCCAUGAUGGCCGGCAUUUACAACAACAAAUGGGGCAACAAC